AUGGAUGAAGUUUAUAAGAUAGUAGAUGUUAUGGGUGUAACUUCUAGGGAGAAGGCGGAGUUGGCUUCCUACCAAUUGAAAGAUGUGGCCCAAGUGUGGUUCACUCAAUGGAAAUCCAAUAGGCCAGUAGAAGUGGGUCCAAUAAAAUGGGAGGAGUUUAAGGGAGGUUUCCUCGGUAAGUACUUUCCCCAUGAGAAAAGGGAGUGUAAGAUUGAGGAGUUUAUAAACCUUAGGCAAGGUAACAUGAGCGUGGAGGAGUAUUCCUUGAACUUUACCCUAUUCUCUAAGUAUGCUCCAUCAUUGUCUAUUGUGGAAUCCAAACUUAAGAGGGUGAAUAGGGAUUUGAAGAGGGGUAGAUCCGAUGAGCAAGGUCAACCUAGGUUCAAGAAGAUAGCUCCUAACCAAGAUUCUUCAAGUGCUUCUAAGGCUAAUAAGGGGAAAGGUGGAGGAUCUCAACUUUUUAAGCCUCUUUGUGCCACUUGUGGGAAGAGGCAUCAUGGGAAGUGCCUAGCCGGUACUAGUGGGUGCUAUGGGUGUGGCAAAAGUGAUCAUCAAGUGAGAAACUGUCCUACUCUUACGACUAGAGGAAUGGAGGCAAAACAAGCUCCUUAUGUUGGUCGGGAUCCCAAUGCUCCAAAGAAGAACCGUUUCUAUGUGCUUCAAGCUAACAAGGACAAAGGAGCUAAUCUGGAUGAAGGUACUGGAUAUGAAUACAAGAAGGACGCCCGCAAGGAGAGUGGAAGAGGAAGUGGUGAAUGA